AGUGGGAGAUGAGGGUGCAGGCGUACGAGGACGAAGAUGAGGAUGAUGAGCCGAGCCUGUGGACCAGAGUCCGAAGCCUCCUGCUGACCCUCAGCCUGCAGCUUUACCACCGAAUGAUGAAGGUCAGAGAGCAGCUGCAGAACGCCGUCAGGACACUGGGAGGCGCUGCCGACAAGGUGGGUCUGGGUCGAGUCCUGGAUGUGGUCGAUGAGCUGCUCCGGUCCCUGCAGAACCUCCUGGUGGUCCUGCUGUACCAGGUGGAGGGUCUGAGAGAGGCCUCGAUCAACAGGGUCAGAAGUCAGGUGGCCACGUUAGCCGAGCUGAGUCUGGUCCGUCAGGUCCGAGACCUGCCGGUUCAGAUCCCACAACUGAUCCGAGAGAUGCAAGAACUGUCCAAGAUCCUCCUGCAGCUGGUGAUCAACGGCACACCGCUCUACAACGUGCUGCAGCAGUCGUCUCCUCAGGAGGUCGAGGACUUCCUGAACCAAGAAGACUUCGUGUCCGAAAGCUCGUCUCGCCGCAGUUCAGUCAACAGUCUGUUCCUGAAGGCCAUGGACGGACGUCCUCGCCGACGCCGCAGUCUGUUUUCUCGGGUCUCCCGAGGUUCUGGAGGCCUGCAGAGUCCUGAUCCACCCAAUGGAACCCGCUCCAGCCUGAAGGACGGCGCUGAGAUGGAGAGCCUGCAGCUCCCUACCGAAGUUGUCACCCAGCGACGGCCGUCUGCCACUGAGCUGCUGCUCACGCCGCUCAAACAGUUCGUCUCCCAGAGCCAGAAGGCCUUCGAGUACCUGAGCCCCAACGCCGAGGACACCGCUGCCAACGACGACUCCUAAACGCCAUCCUGAGGUGUGUCCCUGCUCUGACCCCCAACUAUUCACAACCUCUGGCCCCGCCUUCCGACCCAUCACAGUGUCCCAGUUCGGCCCCUCAUAAUCAGAUUCUGCCUCGGCUACUGCUGACUUGUUCGUUCGUGUUCAGCCACAGAGCCGUUGUCAAAUUAUCGACAUGUCACCAACGCUGGAAUUCUGCUUCUCCAAAGAGGCAUGCCAAAGCAGAGAGGGGGGAUUAUGGGUAACUGCAGGCUCACUCAGAGAGUUAAUUCAACAGAAAACAAAAGAAUCGAUUGUUACUAAGACAAACAUCUUUGUGCUCUCCACCAAUGAAACGAUGAGAAUCAUCCACAUUAAAUAAACAGACGAUAACUAACUUGAAACAGGAAACUCUGAUUUCAGCUUAAUUCUACAGACACCGCAACAGAAAACAGAGAUUCUUCAAAUGCUUUGCAUUAGACAUUUCAAUGAAUUUUUUAACUAGACAAAGAUCAACACAUUUUAUGUUUCUGUCAUCGACCUGUUCGUACAGCACCAGCGUCACCUGAACACAUCAGAUCAUCUGUAAUAAUUACAGACACCACCUGUGAUCUUAAUCCUGUGUGACUCAGCAGUGUCCACAGGUAAUAUGUUCUUAAUCUGUAAAUUGUUAACUAAAUUGAAAGUAAGUUUACAAUCAGCCCAGAAGCUACACUCGACUUGUACAUGAGCUCUGGUUGGAGGUCAUUAACUUCCACAGAAGUCUUUGUGCCCGUUGUGACCGAAACUGAACUGAAGUAUAACAGUGGUCGAUGCAAGAUGCCUACUUAUUGGAGAAGUACAAUUCCAGCUUGAGAGAUGAGAAAAUUAACUGAUUUAAGGUUUAAUUUAUUUUUUCUGCAUCAGGAAACAAAUUCAUCCCACAAAAAUCCAAACCUGAAUUCUUUCCAGUGUAACUGAUAAAUGUUUAAAGGUGUAAAUGUGCAGUAAUGGUAAAUUUACUUUAAACUUCAGCAAAGAAUGCAUCUCAGUAGACAUCAGAGUCAGUUUUCAGAGCCUUUAAUUUGUCAUGAAGUCCAUGAGACCCUCUGAAAGCUCUUUUUGGGGGUCCAAGUGCUGUUAAAAGGAACUUUUAAACUGAUAAAAUCUGUGUUUUCCUGAAAUGUUGUUCUGUUUCAGUUCUGUAUUGUCAUGUAGUGAUGAAGGAUUUCUGUUCAGAGAUGUGUUGAAUGGUUUAUUAGCAGGUUUUCUGUUGGUUGAAGGAACGUUCUUUAUGAUUCAAUUAAAGACUAAAAUCAGAGACAAAAUCAAAUGUAAUCCACACGUGAGUUUGAACGUCGGAACAGCUUGAAACAGAAAAGUGAUUCUCAGCAGAAGCUCAUUUAUUCUCUUUUUACAUUUCCUCUACUUUUUGUAUAAUCCAUCCUGUACCUAAAACCCUUCAUGUAACAGCGACGUGUCAAAAUAAAGCUUCUUCAAGCAUCAGGAUUCAAAACAGACUCAGAUUCACUUUGUUCAAUCAGGUUUUAAUUAGUGAAAAACUAAAAGAUCAAACAUCCACAAACAAUAAAUAGUGAUUUAUUUACAACUGAGCAGAGUUUCUGCAGGUCUAAAGGACGUUUCCUGAAAAUUAUUUACAAUUUGUACCUUAAAGAAGAAACUCUUAAAACAAUCAUGUUAAACUGGUUCAUUCUCUUUCUGCCUUUUAUCAGUUUCCAGGUUGUGUUAGUGACUGUUGCCAUGACAACAAUAACGGUAGUAAACAUAGUAAAUGGUUUUCUUCAUGUUCAAGGUAAAACUGGCAUUCCAUUUGUGUUGUGUUCAAUGUGACCUGCAGAAACUCUGGAAUAUUUUAGUUUAAAACAUUUUUAAUACAAAACCCAAACCAUGAUCAUACAUGAAGAUCUGCACAAAGAAACGUAACCUCCGUUUAAAAAAA